UACAGUGUUCAGAUAAUGACGGCGUACAUAAACUCACAAUUCAAACACUCGAACUUCCUUAUAGACAUUGACGCCCCUUUAACAUGGCAUGAUUGCAUAGUGAAAUGGAACAUGUAUCAAGGCAGUUGUCCUGAUAACGUGCUUUGCACGUCCCCUGUCUCUUGUGAUGAAUAUAUCUGUACAGAAGUGCAAACUUCUGCCUCUUAUGAAAGUCCUUACUGCCCUCGGAUAAAAGAUACCAUAUCAUCUGAGGGGUUUUGCGCAUGCACCGUCAAUGUAAAUAACCCAGUAGACUGGCCAUGUAAUCAAGCCCUUCUUAACUUUGAUACCUUUUUUGUGAACACUACCAAUGGAAGGAACCCUGUUCCUGGUUUCUAUGCUGCUUUCUCGAACGCUGCAUGUGCUCCUGCUUCAUCAUUCCAGUCAUUCCCUGCUAAUGUUACUGGUGUCAUGGCAUUUUCUUCAUCCCCUUAUUCGUUACUGACUUCUUUAGAUCAACCACCGCUUAAGAAAACAUUUUCCUUAUGUUUACCUAGCACAUCUGCUGCUCCUGGGAUCUUUUUCUAUGGAAAUGGUCCUUAUUAUCUUCGUCCCUACUCCAAUGUUGAUGUAAGGAGUUUCCUUUCUUAUACACCAUUACUAAAGCAUCCGGGUUCUUUUGGGUACUUUAUCCGUGUCAAUUCCAUUGAAAUUAAAAAGAGGUCUAUCGAUAUUCCCGGAAAUGCCACAACCAAGUUUAGUACCAUUGAGCCUUACACUACUCUUAGAACAGACAUUUAUAACUUUGUUGUUCGGAGGUUUUCACUGGUCACAAAACGGAUCCCUCGUUCAAACCCAGAAGCGCCAUUUGGUCUUUGUUUUAACACCUCCACCAACGGUGCUAAAGUUGGAUUAAAAUUACCAGAUAUUGAUUUCAUUCUACAAGAUGGGAAGAAAUGGAGUAUAUCGACCGCUAACUCCAUGAAACAUAUUAGAGAAGAUGUGGCAUGUAUGGCCUUUGUUGAUGGUGGCGCUACAAGUGAACAUGCAAUUGUUAUCGGAACAUUUCAGUUUGAGGAUAACUUUCUGUUAUUCGACUUAGAGAACUCGAAUCUUGGGUUUAGUUCUUCAUUAUUACGUAAGCAGACUUCUUGUGCAAAUUACAACUUUACCAUGGGUAGUAGUACUUUUUGA